AUGUCUGUGACAGCGAUUUCCAUCCUCAGGACGAGCCCACAUGUGACCAUCUUGACGUUUGCUUUCGAACUGCGCUGCUUGGCUUUGCAACUUCCUCUUCAGAAUUACAUCGGCUGCGUAUGCUUUAUUUGCUUGGUUGCGGAUUUCAAGAGCCCGUCAUUGUUGGUUGGAGUGUGCAUCAUGUGCUCCUGCGGGACACUGUACCAGUCGAAUCGGCCACCUGGCAAACGGCGUCUUCCAUCGUCUCAAGAGCCGGGAUUAGCGAAGAUGACGGGGCUUGUCAGAUCGGGGCUUGUUGAAGCACAUGUCAUGUCGUUGCGUGAUUGGGAAUUACGCCUGAUCGCAUGA